AUGAACAAAGUUGCCCUUCAUGUGGCCUCUCUUAUCGUGAUGGUCUCCUGCCACAAAAUCUGCUUCAUCGGAUCGGAGUACAACCCACAGUCUGGUAUCCCUCCCCGUUGGUUCCUACCGUACAAAGAUCCGUGCGAAUGCACUGCUAUUCGUCUCGGUGGGAUGCACAUCCCUGCUUCGUCAUACAGCCAGGGGGCGCCCCACUACCUGAAGGAGCUUUUCCUCAGCGAGGAUUCUGACGAGAUUCAUGCCUACUUCAAAUGUGCUGCGCGAGCUACGUGUCUUAGUCCACUAGGCAUGGAGAACGGGACAAUCCCCGAUGGUCGCAUCACGGCGUCCAGCGGUGAUUAUGCCUCUUGUGCGCGUCUCAACAACAAUCGUGCAUGGUGGGCGACCUGGACCGACGCCAAUCCCUGGAUCGAGGUGGGCCUCGCUGAGAGCACAGUGGUGUCUGGGGUCACCACACAAGGCUCUGGCUACACUUUGUUUGUAAAGCAGUACAAGGUGGCUUAUAAGAAGCAGGCCUCACCUGACUUUGAACACGUAAUGGAUGGAGACGGAACCAUCAAGGAGUUCAUCGGUAACACUGAUGGCGAUACCCCGAUCACUAACCUGUUUGAUGAGAGUGUGGUGGCCGCGGUAGUGCGCAUUGAGCCUACUGAGUGGCAUAAAGGCGUUGGCCUGCGAUUGGAGCUGCUUGGAUGUCACCGUGAAUAGAUACAACUGUCGGCCUACAAUUUUUAAUCAAAUUAUUCGGCAGCAAUGACAUUUCGUUAUAGAAUGUGUUUCAAAGUAACAAAACAUGUGGCAUGUGGA